GACUGUUCCUUUUUCAAUCGGAAUGACAUCCUCAAGCUGCACGCUCGCUACUACGAACUAGCACCCAACAUCGUGCCCAUGGACUACCGAAAGAACCCCAUAGUCACCGUGCCCAUGUCGGUCAUCAUACAAAUGCCUGAGUUCAAGGAGAAUCCCUUCAAGGAGAGAAUUGUGUCAUCUUUCUCUGAGGAUGGCGAGGGCAAUCUCACCUUCAAUGACUUUGUAGACAUGUUUUCAGUACUCUGUGAGUCAGCACCGAGAGAACUCAAAGCAAGCUAUGCCUUUAAGGUCUUUGACUUCAACAAUGACAACUUUAUCUGCAAGUCAGACCUGGAACUGAUCCUGGCUCGGCUGACCAAGUCCGAACUAGAGGAAGAGGAGGUGGUUCUCGUGUGUGAUAAGGUCAUUGAAGAGGCUGAUCUGGAUGGAGAUGGAAAACUCAGCUAUGCAGACUUUGAGGACAUGAUUGCUAAAUCCCCUGACUUUGUGAGCACUUUUCACAUUCGGAUUUGAAGCAGACCACUCAAGGACAUCAGCUCAGCCCAGGCACCUCUGAAAGGCCUCCAGGACCCCUCUUUUGGAGAGGGAAAAGUUUCUCCAGAUUUGUGUCGAGUUAUCGUCAGCAGAAGAUGUGGCUUCCUGUGAUUUUAUACCUGUGAAAAUUUAUUAUGGCCCUGUUAGCAAAAAACAAGCCCACCAAACCAAAACCACUAACCAAACAGAAACAAUUGACCUACUAGGAGACUCCCAUCAGUCUCCCAUAUACUCCCAAGAUCUCAUAGUUUUCUCCUCCAUACCAAAGAUACUCUUAACCAGCUGGAAUGUUGGGACUGGGAAUUAUCUCUUGCCAAUCUUCAUGGCUUUGAAUUUAUCUGUCUGUCUGUCUGGAAGGGUCACAGGCAGAGAACCACAUCUUGAUUCCUGCCCUAAGGUUUGCCAAUCUGUUGACUCCACAAUGAAGGCCAAGCUGGGUCUAAAUCUGUCCUGCCUUGGGAAAUGAGGCUUCAUCCAUAUUGAUAUCUUUUCUUUCCCAAACCUCCUUAAAGAACCAAGAAGAAGGCAGGGGGGAAACAUCUUUUAAAAAUCAUAAAAGAGCUUCACUCUACUAAGACUGGAAUGAUUUCUAAGAAACAUGAGAGUGAACACAAAAGAAAAAAAAAAGAGAGAUGAAGUUUCAAAUCAGCUAUGCAAUCUUUCUCAUCAAAUGUCCCUAUUCAACUCUGCCUUUCUCCCUUGACCAGACACUGUCAUCCCCCUCUCCGGGCCUGGCCCGGGACCCACUGCCACUUGCCUCUGGCAGUCAAUGGAAGGGCUCUGUCUCUCUUAUUUCAUCAUUCUUUUCCCCAUUAAAUAUUCUUAUUGAUUUGA